GAUAAGGUCGAGUCCCUGCGGAGGAAGAAUGUGAUGCUGCUGAUUUCCGACCUAAAGUUGACCUCUCACGACCUUUCCAUCCUCAUCAAGAUCUACAGCGAGCGCAAGUUCCAUGAGGAGCGCUAUGAGAUCGUGUGGAUCCCGAUCAUCGAGCAAGAAGGCGAUGACGUGAACAACCAGUUCAAGAAUCUACAGUCGCAAAUGCCUUGGUACUCAGUGCGCUACCCGACACUCAUCAACAAGGUGGCCAUCAAGAUCAUCAAGGAGAAGUGGCACUAUAGGCAAGAGACCAUCGUGACUGCGUUGGGUCCCCAGGGACGAGUCUCAAACAAAAAUGCCAUGAGCAUGAUUAGGCUUUGGGGAUGGGAUGCUUUCCCUUUCACUGAAUCAGUGGGAGCAAGCCUAUGGAGCAAGCCUGGCAUCAGCUGGUUUGAGCUCUUGCUGACUGACAUGGUCAUUCCUAAGAUAAAUGAAGCUAUCAAGUCUCGAAAGUACAUCCUCCUUUAUGGAGCUGAAGACAACAAGGCAAUCCACGAAAUUGAGGAGCCAGUCAAGAAGAUCAUCGAAGAUGGCGUCCCCAUCGCCGCCUACAAUGUCACCAAAAAUCAGCUCUUCUGGAGCCGCCUCGAGAGCCUUAUGCUCUCGAAACUGCAAACCAAAGCGGAUGUGCACGAACCCCUCAUGCAGGACAUCCUCUGCCUCUACCCCAACUUCAAGAAGGAUGGUGGGUUCGCGGUCCUCACGAGGGGGUCGCAGGUUGUGAUCAACGACUCGAUAAUCGACGUCACCAAGGUCUUGUCCCAGUACGAGACCACUUGGAAGAAGCAGGUCAAAGGGAACAAGAAGACGUUCGACGCGGCCUUCGAGGAGCACCGCGAGCGGGUCUUCGUCCUUACGAGGUGCCACCACUUCUACAUCCCGAACACGGUGGGCUACAUCCCGGAGGACGUGAAGUGUCCGGUUUGUCCCCGCAUGAUGAAGAACAUUGUUAAGUUUGAGUGUUGCCAUGGCGCACAUUAGGGAACCUAUGCGUCUCUCUGUUGGUCCAUGUCCACAAUAAAGGAGUUAUGCGAGAACUCCAUAGGCCGGGACAUGAAACAAAAGGCCUGUUUGCUGAGUCCUUUGAGUUUGUGAGUUGCCUACGUUUAGGGCAACCAUUAUCUAAGUUGGCAUGUACAAGUACUUCGUUUGAGCA